AUGAAGCCCUUCAUAGGCUUCAAUCCUAAACUCUUAUUCUUCUUAUCUCAUCUUAUCAUCUUAUCCUCAAGUACUUCUUCAUCAGAUCCAAUCCAAGACUUUUCAGAACAUGAUUCGUUACUAUGGGGUACAUAUCGACCUAAUCUUUAUUUCGGUCUAAGACCUCGUUUACCAAAUUCAUUAAUGAUGGGAUCAAUUUGGUUUGGUGUGAAUGACUUUUCUAGUUUUUCAAAAUCAAGACAUGCAUGUGAACAAGGUGAUGAUUUAGCUGGCUAUGGUUGGAAAACUCAUGAUGGUAGAACAAGUGGUCAACAUUAUGUGAAUGAUGUUUUGAAUAAUGUAAGAAUCGAAUCUGAACUAUUGAAAGUCGAAGGUGGUGCUCAUGGCGGAAGUUGGGGUGUAAGGAUACGUGGAGAACGUUUGAAUCCAGCUGCACCUGCAAAGAUUAGUAUGAUCAAUUAUUUUGGACUAGAUGGUUUAGGAACAUUUCAAUUGGAGAAUGAAGAAGAUGAUGAGGGUAUUGAAGGACCUGUUAAAAUCUCAGGUUCAACCACACAACUGGGCGAAUUCACGAUUCGAGUACAAGAUAGUCCAACUAAUUCUCGUCUUCAGGCUCGUAAUCAUGCCUCUGAUUUCGGUGAACAAAUGGAUCGUACUCAAUAUCUUGGAAUUCAAAUGCCAGCCGGUACCGUAUGGAAAGCUAAAGAAAGCAUUAUAACGGCCAUCAAUGAACGUGUCCAUGGACUGAUCGACAAGUAUACCAAGGAGAAUUUACCAGACCCAGCCUUGACGCUCUCCCUACCCAAUGAGAUCCGAUAUGGAAGCAAUCUCUAUGCCGUACAAAAGACCUACGAGGCCCCAUUUGAACUUGAAAUCUUUUUUGAUGGAGAUGGAGCUCCUAAAUUAGAUUCGAUCUCACUCUCAGCUGGUUUAGCAGCAGCAUCAGAAGCCUUCAAUGAUCGAUUUGAGAAAUCGUUUCCUAAAAUCUUUUCAUCUGAAUUCACAUCUGAUCAACAAGUCAUGGCCAAAGAGAUGCUUUCAAGUAUGAUUGGAGGGAUUGGAUAUUUUUAUGGUUCUUCAAUCGUAGAUCGAAACUUUGCUCAUGAUUAUGAUGAUGAUGGGUUAUUACUUACGGGUCAUACUGAAGAAACCGAAUCUGGACAACGUACUCGUGAUCCACAAUUGACUGAAGAUCGGGAACUCUUCACGGCUACUCCUAGUCGAUCUUUCUUUCCACGUGGGUUCUAUUGGGACGAGGGUUUCCAUCUUGCUCUGAUCGGUGCCUGGGAUAAUGACAUGAGUCUUGAGAUUUUACGCAGUUGGAUGAAUCUCAUCGAUCGAGAUGGAUGGGUAGCUCGAGAACAAAUCUUAGGAGAAGAAGCUCGUAGCAAAGUUCCUACCGAAUUCCAAACCCAAUAUUCUAAUCAUGCCAAUCCACCCACACUGACGAUGGCCGUGACAUCUUACAUUAAACGACUUCAAAGAAGACAACCAGGAGGAGCGAUUAGUGAUGCAGAACUAGGUCUUGAUGUAACUUCUCAACAAGUGAUGACAGGAUCAGUGAGACCAGGCGAAAGAUUGUUAUCAGAUGGAGUGUUAGCCAAAGGGUUUCUAGAAAAGAUUUAUCCUAAAUUGAAAUUACAUUAUGAAUGGUUCAAAGAAACACAAAUUGGGCAAAUUCGAGAAUGGGGAAGAGAGUCGAGGAGUAAGAGUGAAGGAUAUAGAUGGAGAGGUCGAACUCAAGAUCAUGUGUUGACAUCUGGUAUAGAUGAUUAUCCGAGAGGAUCACCACAUCCGGGUGAAUUACAUUUAGAUUUGAUUUGUUGGAUGGGAUUCUUUACUAGGACUAUGAAACAGAUUGCAGAAUAUGUGGGUGAAGAGGAUGAUGUGAUGGAAUAUGAGAAAACGUAUGAGGCUAUCUUGGCCAAUAUAGAUGAUUUGCAUUGGAAUGAAGAGAAACAGAUGUACUGUGAUGUUAGUGUGAACGAGAAUGAUGAAUCAUAUCAUGUCUGUCAUAAAGGAUACAUUUCAUUAUUUCCAUUCUUCUUAGGACUUCUUUCACCCGACUCUCCCAGAUUAGGUUCGAUCUUAAAGGAUAUUAGAGAUCCGGAUGGAGUUUGGUCUGAAUUUGGAAUCCGUAGUUUAUCAUUAAGUGAUCAAUUCUUUGGUCAAGGUGAGAAUUAUUGGAGAGGACCGAUUUGGAUUCCUAUGAAUUAUAUGGCACUUUGUUCACUUUAUAAUACUUAUGCUAAAGAAGCUGGUCCUUAUCAACAAUUAGCGGCUGGAAUUUAUAGUGAAUUAAGAGAAAAUGUGAUUAAGAAUGUUUAUAAGGAAUGGAAAAGAACAGGAUUUACUUGGGAACAGUAUGAUCCUAUGAAUGGUGAAGGUAGAAGAUCUAAACCGUUUACGGGUUGGACAAGUUUAGUGGCUAUGAUGAUGGCUGAAGAAUAUGAUAUGUAA